AUGUUACCUGGAACUACUCUGCCAGUAAGCAAUGUAACAUUUAAUGAGCUGACCAGUCGAUGGGGCAAGCUGCAGUGGUUUCGAGCUCUCUGUGACCCAAAGGGGCUUGUCCCAUGUUGCUACAACAAUGUGUGCACUUCCAGGCCAAAGGAAGAUUGCAAGUGCCCAUAUUGUUACGACAUGCGCCAGCCGUUACAUGCUGAACUGGCAACCUGGGUGCCUAAUGAUCCCACAUGUAAGAUGACAAGAUUUGAUACGGUUGAGGAUACGUGCAGACUCCUGCAGAAUAUGACAAUCUUCAUGUUCGGGGAUUCACUUGUACGUCACAUUUACAUUGCACUUCUCAACAUUCUCAGACAAGGCACGGCUCAUGGUGUUCUAAAGAAAACUGCUAGCCCAGCUUCAGUGACAAGGUGUGAUGCAGAUUUUGUUCAUCUUGGAAGAUGUAUGGGUGACAUUGACGCUGACACCUGGGAGUGCAACAACACUGUAAGACUGCUAUUUCGGGAACAUUCUUACAUUGUUCAGACCAACCUGACACUAAAGUUUGUGGCAGAGCUGAUUGGCAGGCCUAACUCAGUGGUAUUCGUUGGCAAUGGCAUACAUGAUGAUUACAAUUAUCCAGAGGCGGCCAAUAAGGUUUUACUGCCACUGAUCAGAAACUUGUCAUCCUCUCCCUGGCCAAAGCUGGUUUGGUCAGCAGUCCAUGCGCCUGGAUUACUGAAGACUCCUCGUGUUCCCUCCCAGAGCAGAGAAAGUGUUGUGAUUUACAACAAGCAACUAAGAUCCAUUCUGGAAGCCCACCAUGUCCCGGUGUUUGACACCUUUCAGCUCACAGACGGAGUUGAAAGUUUCGAUGGCGUCCACUAUGGAAGAGGAGUUAACGGUGUUAAAGCUCAAAUUUUGCUUAAUUACCUGCUUCAGCUUCGUUCCAAUGGUGAGUUUCCUCUGGAGCGCACCCCGAACUUGAGACCUGAGAUAAAGAUUUCUUAA